AUGAUAGAAAAUAAAGAAAACAAUAAUAGUUCUCUAACAGAAACGAUGAGUGAUAAAUUAAACACUUUCAGUGAUAAAAUAAGAAAAAAUAGUGUAGAUGGGAAAAAUUGUGAAACUGUUAUCAAAGUUAAGAGUGCAAUUCCUAGACGACGGCAAGACUUACUUAAAUGGUAUGGAUGGGGUUACAAAGAUUCCAUGUUCAAAAUGGACGGCGAAAAAAUUAGUUUUACAGGAAACAGAUAUUUACUAUCCGGUAAAACUUUGCCUCAUGCUCUACAAUGGAUAAAGGAGCAUUUCAACGUAGAUAUAGGAAAGUCACCGGAAGUUCCACCAAUGCCCACAUCAUUCCCAGAAAGUCGACUGCCAAGUGAUAUUAAAGAAGAACUAGAUAAUAUAGCUCCAGUUAGUAUAGAUGGUAUGGAUAGAUUAAUAAGAGCACACGGACAAACUUUAAAGGAUAUCUACCAUUUACGGAACAAUAGCUUUCCUAGAAUACCCGAUGGUGUUAUCUGGCCGAGCAGUCACGAAGAGGUAAAAAAGAUAGUGCAAUGUGCAUCAAAACAUAAUUUUGUUAUCAUUCCCUUCGGAGGCGGCACAUCAGUGUCGGGCGCAGUGAGUUGCCCCGAACAUGAACCACGGCCUAUUCUAACAUUGGACACUAGUGACAUGAACUCUAUAUUAUGGUUGGACAAAGAACAGUUGUUGGCGAAAAUUCAGGCUGGUAUUGUGGGUCAAGAUUUAGAACGGGAGAUGCGGGCGAGAGGGUUCACAGUUGGCCAUGAACCUGACUCCUACGAGUUCUCCACGCUCGGCGGCUGGGUCGCAACCAGAGCCAGUGGCAUGAAGAAGAACACGUAUGGGAAUAUCGAAGAUCUUGUUGUACAUACAAAGGUUGUGACUCCUCGCGGUGUGAUAGAGAAGAGUUGUCGCGUGCCUCGGAUAUCGUGCGGGCCGGAGUGGGAGCACAUUAUCAUGGGCUCCGAAGGAUGCUUGGGGGUUGUCACUGAGGUUACAUUAAAAAUCCGUCCGUUACCGCCCGUGGUCCGCUACGGGUCGCUCGUGUUCCCCGACUGGGAGUCUGGCUUCCACUUCGAGAGGGAGGUCGCGAGGCAAAGACUGCAGCCUUCUAGCAUACGGCUCAUGGAUAACGAACAGUUUCGUUUCGGCCACGCGCUUAAAACGGAGCAGUCAUGGGGCGGAGUCCUACUCGACGGGCUGAAGAAGUUCUACAUAACGAAGAUCAAAGGCUUCGACCCUCUGAAGCUGUGCGUGGUGACGCUGCUGAUGGAGGGCAGCGCGGCCGCCGUGGCGGAGCGCGAGCGCGCGCUGCGGGCGGCGGCGGCGCGGCGCGGGGGCGUGCCCGGCGGCGCCGCCAACGGCGAGCGGGGGUACACUCUGACGUUCGUCAUCGCGUAUAUACGGGACCUCGGGCUGGAGUACGGCGUGGUGGCGGAGUCGUUCGAGACGUCGGUGUCGUGGGCGCGCGCGCUGCCGCUGUGCGCCGCCGCCAAGGCGCGCGUGCGGCGCGAGUGCGCGGCGCGCGGCCUGCGCUCCUUCCACAUCUCCUGUCGGCUCACUCAGACCUACGAUGCGGGCUGCUGCAUCUACUUCUACUUCGGGUUCAACGCGGCGGAGGCGCGCGGCGACGCCGUGCGUCUGUACGAGGAGAUCGAGGACGCGGCGCGCGACGAGAUCGUCGCCUGUGGCGGUUCCAUAUCGCACCACCACGGCGUGGGCAAGCUGCGCAAGAAGUGGUACACCGCCACGGUGAGCGAGCCCGGCGCGCGCCUGCUGCUCGCCGCCAAGCGCGCGCUCGACCCCGACAACAUCUUCGCACUCUCCAACAUGGCCUUUGAUAAGUACAUGCCACAUGUUAACAGCAAAUUG